CACAGCUUGCGCAACUACUUCGCUUCUUUCCACCAUACUCUUUUCAUACUGCCGCGCCGUCUUGCGAAUAAUCACCCCGACCACCACAAAGAGCGCUGCUUUGACGUCGUUGCUGCCCUGACCGACGCACAGACGCGAGCGAGCCGCGGUCACACGUUCGAGUCCACGCCAACUCCAACUGACGACUGACGCCUGACGACCGCCUACGCCUCCGCCAACCAUCACGAGGCGUCUGUCACACUUGCACACAUAAUCUCCUUCAACGCUCAACCACCACUGUCAAUCAUUCACCAAAGCCUCAUGUCGUCCUCUGCAUAGCCACCAGCCUGCCAACCCAUCCCAUCGUCCACCGCACCGCACCGCACCGCCGCCAAGCCAGCACCACUCCCCACCAACGGACCAUCGCUCGCUCACUUCGCACCCCAUGCAUCCGAACGUCAAGACUGACGCUCAUCUCGCUAUUUAGGCCAUCGCGAACCACAAGAGGCCGCCUUGUAACAUCGCGGCAGUCAUGGCCGCGCCCAGGCCUCCGCCCUCCUCCUCGACGCGGCCUCAACAGCCCGAGAUGGAGCCUGACGAGGUGAUAGGAGAAUUCCGUCGAGGCAAAGAGAUUGGCAAGGGCAGCUUUGCCACCGUCUACCUGGCUCAACAUCGCAAGAAGAAGUCCUAUGCCGCCGUCAAGGCUGUCCAGAUGGCCAAGCUGUCUAAGAGACUCAAGGAGAAUCUGGCAACCGAGAUCGAGAUUUUGAAAGGCCUCAAGCAUCCGCAUAUCGUUCAGCUAUUCGUCUGUACAGACACGCCUUCAUACAUCUAUCUGGUCAUGGAAUACUGCCAGCUCUCCGACCUCGCGCAGUUCAUGAAGAAGCGGCAUCAGCUCCCCAACUUCCCAGAAACUGCAGAGAUCUUUCGCAAAUACCCCAACCCCGAGUUUGGAGGCCUCAAUGAAGUUCUUGCACGUCAUUUUUUGAAACAGAUUGCCAGCGCUCUCCAGUAUCUUCGCUCGCACAACUUAAUCCAUCGCGACAUCAAACCCCAGAAUCUACUACUUAAUCCUGCACCUACAUUCAUGGUCAAGCAGAAGCCGGAAGACGUGCCGUUAGCCGCCAGCGAGGGCUCUCUUACUCCAGCUUCUGGCGUUACUUCUCUUCCCAUGCUCAAGAUUGCCGACUUCGGCUUCGCCCGACAUCUUCCAUCCACCUCUAUGGCAGAGACUCUUUGCGGUUCACCGCUUUACAUGGCACCGGAAAUCCUCAGAUAUGAAAAGUAUGAUGCACGAGCUGACCUCUGGUCGACUGGUACUGUUCUCCACGAGAUGGUUGUUGGGAAGCCGCCCUUCAGGGCACAAAAUCACGUUGAUUUGCUACGCAAGAUCGAAAAAGCCAACGAUCUCAUUGUCUUUGACAACAAAAACAUGACUAUCAGCCGUGGCAUGAAGGACCUCAUUCGCAAGCUCCUGAAGAAGAGUCCUGUGGAACGUAUGACGUAUGAGGCUCUGUUCAAUGAUCCUGUGGUUGUCGAUGAGAUUCCUGGUCUGGCGCCCGAGGAUAAGCCGCAGGAGAGGAGCGCUCACGAGACUCAAGCAGCUGUGGACGAAUCUGCACCGGAGCCACAGCUUCAAGCCCGACGCUCUCAAGAUGAAGUCGCCGGCCGUACUUCGCGAAAGUCGUCAGAGCAGGAGUUCCAACAACGUAAGGCAGAUGAUAUGGCCAGACGGAAGUCGUCAUCCGGCAGCCAAAAUCAGCCCGAGAGUGCUCCUUUGAAACGCCAGCCCAGUCAGCGAGAGCGAGAACGAGAGCCGCGUAGACCAAGCAUUGUCGCACAUGUCACUGCUCCGGGACGUCAAGAACCCCACCAGCAGCAAGUACCCAUGACGAGCGCUCCGCCGAUACAGAGACGAGCUAGCAGAUCUUCGCCACUGGCUGGCCCGCCCUUGGUCCGCGAACCGACUAUGGAGGCAGAGAGCUCGAAGAACGAGCGUGCCGCUCGUGAAGCUCGUGAGCGAACUGCGCAAGAAGUGGCAUUCGAGAAGGAAUAUGUGGUCAUCGAGAAGCGCGCAGUCGAGGUCAAUGCAUUUGCAGAUGAACUGGAUGCGAACGCUCACUUGAUCGGUCAUGGCUCGUCUUCAAACCAAGGUGCCGUGGUACGCCGAGCAACGACCCAGGGUCAGCCAGCUUCGACCUCAGGUGCUACACCGUCAAGCCCAUCACGAGCCAUGCAAGUGGCGACUGGACGAACCCCGCACGCUCGGGGCGGGUCCUUUGAACGACGAUAUGGCCCUUCGCCGCAGUCUGCCACGAACAUGCUGACCAAAGCAUUGAACGCCGCCAAUGUUCGGCUAUUCGGAGCGCUAGGAACUUCGCCACCCUUCGGCAAAGGACAAUCUCCGCCUCGUGGCUACACUGCAUUCCCAGCAUACCCAUCUCCACCUGCUGCUCUUGCUAUUGGCGAUGGCAGCGAUACAUCGAAGGGACCGGUCGACGAGGAUACCAAGCUCGUCCGCAUCAUGGAAGAUGCAGCGCAUCGCAGCGAUGUCAUCUUUGGCUUUGCGGAAGUCAAAUACAGGCAGUUGCUGCCGGCCACACCUUCGUCCCAGGAUGCACUUGGCAUCCAGCAGAUUGGUGCACAGGAUAGCGAUUCAAAGGGCGACGAUGAAGACAAAGACAUGACUACGGUGGCGAUCAUUGGCGUGGCAGAGGAAGCUUUGGUGCUCUACGUGAAGGCUUUGGCAAUCUUAACCAAGACUAUCGAUCUUGCUGGGUUCUGGUGGAGCAACGAGCAGAAAUCACGAGCAGAAGGCACUUCUUCUUCAUCCUCGCCGCAGACCCAGGUGGCCAAUCGCAUUCUUGCAGUUGUGAAGUGGUGCCGCAAUCGCUUCAAUGAAUGCCUGGAGAAGUCGGAAGUCGUCGGACGUCGAUUGCAGGUUGCGCAGAGACAACUUCCGGAAGACCACCCCAGCCAUCCAAAGCACCAUGGUACCGAGUCUGGCACUGAGAUCGCCACAUCAGCCGAACACAUCCAUAUCACUAGCGGUGUUACGGCUGAACGACUGAUGUUCGACCGUGCAGUGGAGAUGAGCCGUGCUGCAGCUGUCAGCGAGCUCGUGGGAGAAGAGCUGAACGACUGCGAAUUGGGUUAUAAGACAGCCGUCAUGCUGUUGGAAGCAGUGUUGGAGAGUGACGACGAGCCACUCGUUCGCAAGCCAAGCCAGAAGAGAGACAAGGCUGCGGACGAGCGUGUGAAUGGCAUGGAGACCGAAGACAGGCAGACAGUCAUCAAGCUCAUUGAUGGCGCGCGAGCUCGUCUGCAUGCGCUCAGAAAGAAGAUGCAUGCCGCGCAGCAAGUGUCGGCCAAGCGUUCGAACACGAGCGGUACAGGCACGCCAAAACCAACGAGCAUUUCAUCCCCGGUGACAGCGACACCGACCAUUUCGAGCACACCGCCGCGAUGA